AACAACUAAAAAAGAAAAUAGAAGAGAAAACUGCAUACAAGUUGUUUAAAUAAUAAAAAUGAAAAGAAAAUUUAUUUAAUUUGCAAAUUUUUAACGAAAUGUUUCACACUGUUUCCAAUUGGAAAUAGUUCAAUCGAAUUCUGUAGUAUAUAAGAUAAAAUGUAUAAAAUAAUAUCACAUUAAACAACUAAACAUUGGAAGAUAACAAAAGAUAACGUGGCAAAUAACAACAACAAAAUUGAUAAAUUAUACCAGUUAGACGAAAGAAAGUAUAACAAGAAUCUCUAAAUAAAUAAAGAUCUAACGGAUGUAAAUAUCUAUUAAAAACAAAAUUCAGUUAAAGUAAAUACAUCUCACGUAAAAUCCGAAACAAACAGAAAGAUGACGGCGGAAACUUUGGUGUUAGUAAUGCUAGUUAUCGUGAUGUUGAUAGGUUCAUAUAUGGCUGGUAGCAUACCAUUGGUAAUGAAAUUAAGUGAGAAAAAACUCAAACUAGUUACUGUGCUGGGAGCGGGUCUGUUGGUGGGCACAGCUUUUACUGUCAUCAUACCUGAAGGCAUACGAUCUCUGUACACUGAUGUAGAAACACCAGCGCUAACCAAAACUCCCACCAAUACUGCCGAAGCACCAACCUCACAUACACACGACGAAGAGAAAGACCAUUCUCGGACCAUUGGCUUGUCAUUGGUGUUGGGAUUUGUUUUUAUGAUGUUAGUAGAUCAAAUCUCACAAAAGCGACAAAAAGAAUCAGCUCCCAACGAUAAAAAUAUAACAGCUACCUUGGGUCUUGUAGUACAUGCUGCAGCGGAUGGCGUAGCUCUAGGUGCAGCUGCUACUACCAGCCAUAAGGACGUCGAAAUGAUUGUAUUCCUGGCAAUUAUGCUUCACAAAGCUCCGGCAGCAUUUGGUCUUGUUAGUUUUUUACUACAUGAAAAAAUCGCACGACAACAGAUACAAAAACAUUUAGCAAUUUUCUCAUUAUCAGCCCCUCUAUUAACACUGCUGACAUACUUUGGCAUCGGUCAGGAACAAAAGGAAACAUUAAAUUCUGUGAAUGCAACUGGCAUAGCUAUGCUUUUUUCAGCGGGUACCUUUUUAUAUGUAGCGACUGUUCAUGUUUUACCCGAACUAACACAAGGUGGCCAUUCUCAUGCACCCUCCCAUUCUUCGCAAUACCGUCUCCUUGAGGAGAACACAGAUCUACCUGCACAAAUUGUCUCAUCUAACGGUCUAAGCUGCAGUGAACUUACAAUAAUGGUAUUUGGAGCAUUACUACCUUUAGUAAUAACAUUUGGCCAUCAUCAUUAAUUAAUCAAUUUUACUAUAACAAAAAUUAUUGUAAAUAUAAAUACUAUAUAAAUAUUAGGGUGUCGCCAAAUAGAAUUGAACGUUAUAAUACUCAAAGCUUGUUUAUUUGCUAACGUAUUGAUGAAAAAAAAAACAUAAGAUGCACACUUUUAUGUGAUAGCAGCUUAUUUUCCUCGUAGUAAGCUUGUAUAUAAUACACAGUGUUUGAGUCCUUAUACUUUCAAAUUUAUUUUCGCAUCAUCCUAUAUUUAGAUUUAUACAAAUUAUUAUAAAGACAAACAUAUGAAAUUUAUUGAGAUCAAAAUAAAAGUUUUACAUGUAAUGUAUACAAGAGCGCUAAAUUUAUAAAACAAAAACAUAUUCAAAUCAUAUUUAUCAGAGGAAUAAUAAAAUGUUUAUGUAUGUGGAUA